AUGGCUUCAUCUUCGAAUAAUUAUGAUGAUGAAUCAAUUGAUGAAUAUCUUGAUCAUCAAGAAUAUGUUCAUCGACUACGGACAACAGCAAGAGGCAACCAAUUCAAGGAAAAAAGAGAUUUCAUUGAAAGAAACUGGGAAGAAGGCCAUAUACGUUUAUGGAAUGAUUACUUUAGUGAAGAGGCUAUAUUUCCGGAUUAUCUAUUCCGCCGCCGGUUUAGGAUGAAUAAGUCAUUGUUCAUGAAGAUUAUUGAUCGACUAAAUAAUGAAGUUCGAUACUUUCGGCAGAAGAAAGACGCUCCCGGAAGGCCUUGUCUCUUCGGACUUCAGAAAUGUACAUCAGCAAUUCGUCUUCUGGCAUACGGAACGGCUGCUGAUUCAGUUGAUGAAUACCUUCGCAUUGGUGCUACUACUGCUCGGAACUGUUUGGAAAAUUUUGUCGACGCAAUCAUAAAUUUAUUUGGUGAUGAAUACUUAAGAAGACCAACACCAGAGGAUCUUCAACGGUUACUUGAUUAUGGAGAGUACCGCGAAUUUCCCGGAAUGGUAGGAAGCAUCGACUGUAUGCACUGGGAGUGGAAGAAUUGCCCUACCGCGUGGAAAGGGCAAUAUUCACGUGGUUCGGACAAACCGACAAUCGUUUUAGAGGCUGUAGCAUCAUAUGACCUGUGGAUAUGGCAUGCGUUUUUUGGACCUCCAUGUACCUUAAACGAUAUAAAUGUCUUUGAUCGCUCACCUGUGUUUGAUGAUAUAAUUCAGGGAAAAGCUCCACAAGUGAAAUUUUCUGUCAACAGAAGGGAGUAUGAUUUGGCAAACUAUCUGACAAAUGAAAAACAGGAAGCUGCUCGAAAAGAUGUCGAACGUGCUUUUGGUGUCUUGCAAUCCCGGUUUGCCAUUAUCAAAAAUCCAGCUCUGUUUUGGGAUAAGGCAAAAAUAGGAAAGAUUAUGAGAGCUUGUAUCAUACUCCACAAUAUGAUCGUAGAAGAUGAAAGAGAUGGAUACACACUCUCAAAUGUUUCAGAAUUCCAUCACGGAGAAGGAAGCGGAAGUGCAAUUGUAGAUCUCGCAUAUGAAACAGAUACUUCAAAUCUUGAGAAUAAUAUGUUUGCAAGAACAAAACUUCGUGAUAGACGACAACAUGAGAAACUGAAAGCCGAUUUAAUAGAGCAUAUCUGGCAAAAAUUUGGACAUUACUAA